UUUUUUUUAGUAUCACUGUACAUAAGCUCAUCUCCCUCUCAAUCUCUCGCAGAGCUCGAAGGAAAGGGAAGCGAAGCGAGAGCGGAGAGAACUGGAACUAGGGUUUGGAUUUUCUCCUACUCGAGGAAUCAGAACUCUAGACAUCGAUUUGGGGUGCUAGAGAAGCCCUAGAGAAGCGAGAUCUGGUUGGUGUUUCUGGUUGAUGUGAGGGAGAGAAGAGGGCUAGAUCCAGGAUGGGGGAGCCGUUUGGAGGAAGUGGGGAGGGGAUGGCUGCGGCGUUGACGGCGUCGGGGUCGUUCAAGGAUGGGAAGGCUCUGAGGAGGAAGCCGUCGAUGAAGCCGAGUUUGGAGACCGACGAGUUUAUCAACUUGCUCCAUGGCUCGGAUCCGGUGAAGGUCGAGCUCAAUCGGCUCGAGAAUGAAGUUAGAGACAAAGAUCGGGAGUUGGGAGAGGCGCAGGCGGAGAUUAAGGCGCUGCGGUUGUCUGAGCGUGCCAGAGAGAAGGCAGUCGAAGAGCUUACUGAAGAAUUGACCAAGGUAGAGGAAAAGCUAAAAUUAACUGAGUCUCUUCUAGAAAACAAGAAUCUUGAAAUAAAGAAAAUAAAUGAAGAGAAAAAAGCAUCAAUGGCUGCUCAGUUUGCAGCAGAAGCUACACUUAGGAGAGUUCAUGCGGCACAAAAGGAUGAUGACAUGCCUCCAAUUGAAGCCAUUCUUGCACCCCUGGAGGCAGAGCUUAAGAUUGCCCGCCAGGAGAUUGCAAAGGUGCAGGAUGAUAACAGAGCAUUGGAUCGGCUUACCAAAUCAAAAGAAGCAGCAUUACUUGAAGCAGAGAGAACCGUGCAAAUAGCACUGGCAAAGGCUUCUAUGGUGGAUGAUCUACAAAAUAAGAACCAAGAAUUAAUGAAGCAGAUUGAAAUCUGUCAGGAAGAAAAUAAGAUCUUGGAUAAAAUGCAUCGCCAAAAAGUUGCUGAGGUUGAAAAGCUCAGCCAGACUGUGCGAGAGUUAGAAGAGGCUGUUCUCGCUGGUGGUGCUGCUGCAAAUGCUGUGAGGGACUAUCAGAGGAAAGUACAAGAAAUGAAUGACGAAAGGAAAACCCUCGAUAGAGAACUAGCUCGUGCUAAAGUUACAGCAAAUAGGGUUGCUGUUGUGGUGGCAAAUGAAUGGAAAGAUGCUAAUGACAAAGUAAUGCCAGUCAGACAAUGGUUAGAAGAGCGAAGAUUCAUGCAGGGGGAAAUGCAGCAACUUCGAGAUAAGCUUGCUAUAGCAGAACGAACUGCAAGAUCAGAAGCUCAAUUAAAGGAUAAGUAUCAUUUGCGACUCAAAGUGUUGGAAGAGGGUUUGAAAAUGUCCAAUGGAACCAACCGAACCAAUGUAGAGGCAAGAAGCGUGAGCAAUGGCCCUUCACGUCGUCAGUCCCUAGGUGGUGCUGAAAAUGUAUCCAAGUUAUCUCCCAAUUGCCUUCUAACAAAGAGAACAACAUCCUCUCAGUCUCGCUUUUCUCUCAGUAGUGGCACCAGCACAGUACUGAAACAUGCAAAGGGAACUUCAAAGUCUUUUGACGGUGGCACUAGAUCUCUAGAUCGCAGUAAAAUUCUUGCUAACGGAACAGGGCAUUCACUAAACAAAUCCACUGAUGGGACAAGAGAUUGCCAAACACGCUCAAAUUGGAAGGAAAAUCUAGAUGAGAAGCCCAAUGAGUUCUCUAAUGUUGAUUCAGAUGAUACUGUGUCUGGAAUGUUUUAUGAUAUGUUGCAAAAGGAAGUUAUCACUCUGAGGAAAGCAUGCCAUGAGAAAGAUCAAAGCUUAAAAGACAAGGAUGAUGCUAUUGAGAUAUUAGCAAAGAAAGUAGAUACAUUGACUAAAGUAAUGGAAGUAGAGGCUAAGAAAAUGAGAAGGGAAGUAGCUGCAAUGGAGAAGGAAGUAGCUGCCAUGCGAGUGGAGAAAGAGCAAGACAACAGGGCCAAGCGCCAUGGCAGUUCCAAGGCUCCUGCACUUACAUCUCAACUGUCACAUGGAAGGAAUGCGCCUCGAAGUGGGUCCAUGCGCAAUCCUCAAUGAUGUGAUCAAACUUGAAGCAGCAAUGGCUAUGCUAGUCAACAAGCUUCACUAUCCUUAUAAUUAAUUUUUAAAAAUGAUUUGAAGCCUAUGAUGAUUCAGUUCUUGAGUUGAGGGAGCAAAAGCUGGACAAAAGUUGGGUCUCCAUCUAACAUAACUGUUUCUUUCUUAGUAGUUGGAGGUGAUGUUAAAGUUGGCUAACCCUAAUGGCACGUUUUCUUUAGUAUUGUGCUUGUUUUGUUGUAUAGGUUGGUGGGUUUUUAUUAUUUUUGGAUUCAUAUUUGUAAUUUGUAGUGCAGUGCUUUCCCUUAAUUUUCUUGAGGGUGUGAAUAUUAUUGUAAUUUCAGAUGGGCUCAUGUCUCUUAUUCAGCUUCUUGUGUUUAUGUUGACA